AUGGUCGACGUCACAGCGCUCCAAAAGCGCAUUGCACAAGCGCCUCCAACGCAGUAUGAGCAACUGUACCUUGUCGGCUUCCGCGGGGUUCUCGUUAUCUCGACCUUCCUCUGGGUGUUUCUCCGGACCUUUGCGCCGACCACGGUAUACGCUGCUGCCGGGGAUGAGAAUGGGCCUCACGGCCAGGCCAUCGUCCGAAAGGUGCUGUCAGUGCUUUUCUGGAAUGAGUAUUUCCUCUUCGGAUCCAUAAUCUUUCUGUCCGGUCGUUCGAUAGCUAUCCCAUUCUUCCGCAACCCGGUCAAGGAGACCGUUGCGCGGGCAUUGUUGAGUCGCAGCUUGACGCUCUGCAUCCCUGUUGCUAUCUCCAUGGCCAUUGUCAAAGGCUCAUUCACCGAUGAGUUUAUCAAUAGCACACUUAAGAGUUUUAAGACUGGCAUUAGCAACCAUUCUCUGAUACUUCCAUACAAACUGCCGACUACGCUUGCUUACUGGAACUCCGUUUUUGAACUCUUCUGGGUCUCCCACGGAUUCCAGGCGCAGGCUGGAAAUUAUGCCUUUCCUACCCAAACGCUCUGGAUGAUCAACGCGGUUUAUAUCCAGAGCUAUACUGUCUACUUGACUAUGAUCAUUGCGCCGUUCACGCGCGCUAGGUGGCGUGUGCAGUUCUCUAUUCUCUUCAUCUUGGCUGCCUGGUGGUGUGCGUCCUGGGCCUGGUUCACCAUCUCCGGGUUGAUCAUGUGCGAUAUGGUCGUGAACAUGGACUUCAAAACCCAUGCCCAACGCGGUAUUCCUCUCCAAUUCCGCAGCCUCAUCUGGCGCCAGCAGGACGGCCGUCCCCAACGAAUUCCAGUUUGGGCUGUCGCUGGCUUUGUUAUGCUGGGCGGAAUUGCAAUGCAAUAUGUCUGGGUGGCCGCCCGGCCAGAUCUCUUCACGGCCGAGUGGAUGGUUCACUCGGACCCGUACAGCAUUGGUGGACUGAAUACCGAGUACAAAAAAAAUCAUAUAUCAGCGCGAAAUGACGUCUAUCUCACCCUGAUGGGCUUCUUUUUGCUGCUGGAGACGUAUGAUGUUCUGCAGAAAAUAUUGCAGAACAAGUUCUUCGUCUACCUCGGACGUCGUUCUCUCAGCUACUUCCUGCUUCAGCCAAUCUUGGCUUACCAAGUUGGUAUCCGUGUAUUCAGUCAAUUGCGCGAUAGCCGUGGUGUUGGAUACUCGGGCUCAGUCAUCGUCACCUUGAUUACCUGUCUCGUGGUUACUGUCCCUGUGGCAGAACUGUUUCAUCGUCUAAUCGUUGUACCGAGCAGGUAUCUUGGACAUCAUUUCUACGAUUUCAUUACAUCAUAA